UCAGUAUCCAGUUACGCAUUAAAAUUGUUCACCCUAUACGGCUAUUCUCGAUUCUUUAUUCCCUCUGAGUCGUUGCUCAUUGUAGUUACAAGGCAAACUCGACAGCCAAGCAAUUCAACUUCUCCCACCCGCAAAUCUUCGUUCAAGUCUAUCAUGAUAACCAGCCACGCUCGGACUGCAUCAACGAGCUCGGAAUGCAGGUCCAGCAUGUCGCAUCUGCUGAGGGUUUCCCGCCUGGACACUGCUUGUCCGUUUCCGGGACUCUGGAAAGAACAAAUCUUGAUUUCCGUAACACUCUGGCGGACUUUUCUGACACUUUGAGACGUCUGAACGAUCAGCAAAAAGCGACUCUCUUUUGGCAAGGAAUGUACGAAGGUCUUUGUGACGAUUAUAGGAACUUGGAUCAGAGAUACGAAGCAAUUACGGGCAAGAAUCUCAUGAUGAGCAUUGAAAUCGCGAAGAUGGACGAUCUGAUCAAGAUCCUAGAAGACAAAGUCCGUGGCAUAGAGGUAAAGAUGGCGAGGCGAUGCAGAGAAAGCCAGUGAUCCGGGAGAGUUGGGCGGGAACCAAACUCAAGCCGCUCUGUCAAUGUGCAUGAAGCAGUAGAGUUGGUGGCAUAGAGUUCAACUACCACGUGAAGGAAUUGAUCUGAGUUGGUUUCAAGGUUUACCCAGCCCUUAAUCAGUCCUUACUGAAAGUUCGAUCCUUUGCCUAGCUUUACCAAAAAAGGGGAGAGCUUGAGAGUACGUGAUCUCGCGUUCCACUGUGAUUUGGUAUAUCCACUCAUAUAAUUGCUGGAUGUCUGAGGGCAAUUGUCUCGUUACAUCAUCACCUGGCGUCGCGGCUUGGCUAGAGCGGUAUGAAGAGGCAUCGCUUGCAUCGGAGAGUGUCUUGAUGAUUUUGAGGAUAUCUAGAGCAUGUCUGUCAUCGUUUGUCUCUUCCUUCGGCUCCUCGAGGCAGAUUCAACCAUCC